GAGGGCGCGAAGUCCAAACCCGCCAGAUUGUUGUAAACAAAAACAAAACAACCGAUGAGAAGCCGAAUACCAUUUUUGAGGUUUUUGAGCUGCCGAAAAAAACUAAAAAAUCAUCAUCAUAAUGGAGCCCUCAACAUCAUCCCGCUUUACUGCAAUGUCUUCCGAGAAAUCUUUAGCUGAAGAUGAUACCAUAUCUGUAGAGGUUGAAAAAUGCAAUGAACUGGACAACAACGCUGUUGUAUCAGAAGAAGCGUCUGAGCAAGAGAUGUUCAUCCCUUCAUCAUCAGUCUGUCCGAAAACCCCCGAUGCAAAAGCACUCAAUAGAAUUCGUGAUCGAUAUGGGAAGCAAUACUGCUCAACACCACUCACAACCCCCAGGCUCACUCCGAGGCUAGGUUUGAUUGCUGAAGAGGACCGCCUAAGCAUCACAAUAAGUGAUGUUGAUUCGACCAAGGAGGAGGUCACCAUCAGUGAAGACUCACCCAAAUCAAAAAACAGUGUUUUUAAAGUAGUACUCGCAGCAACAACUCUAAUCUUUAUGAUGGGAUUCCUGUGUGGAUUUUACCUUUCGUCUUCGAAGGCAGAAGCUGGAAUUGAGCUCAGUGACGGAGACACUCCUCCUAGUGUAGAACCUGAGUUGCUUGACCAGUCUUACACUUUGGAUGAAGUAAUGAAAUGGGCAGUGGGAAAUGUUAGUGACACAAGGUUGAUUCGAAAUUACAGAUCAUUUGGCAAUCAGCUAUGUAUUACUGGCUCCCAAUGUGACUUGAAUUUAGCCAAUCACAUCGCAGAACUAUGGAAAACAUCUGGGAUUUCUGAUAUCAUCCAAGAGUCAGUGCAAGUAGUCGUGAGCGUUCCAGACAUUCGAAAAACAAGCUCACUGAAGAUGGUUGACUCCUCAGAUGGCAGCAUUAUCCUACAACAUCACCUGUAUGGACAUGAUACCAGUGAAUCGUCUGAGGUUGAGGGCAGUACAGUGUUUGAUGAGUUAGUUAAUGAGACUGUGACAGUGGCAGGGGUCACAACUGUUGAAGCAGCUGAGAUCACAGACCCCCUGCAGUGGCCUUUGUCAGACUUUGUACCAUUCUCUCACUCAGGAAAUGUACAAGGAGAACUUGUUUAUGCUCACUUUGGUACACUGGAGGAUUUUAACACAUUAAUAAAAAUGAAGAUAGACACCAAAGGAAAAAUUGCCCUUAUUAAGAAUGGACUAAACCCAAUAUAUAAUAAGAUAAUAAAUGCACAAGAACAUGGUGUUGUUGGCCUUCUCCUUUAUGAUGACCCAUUGGUCAAUGAGAAUUUACCCAGAAUUCCUUCUUCAUUUGAUGUCACAGGAAUUAUGGGAGAUCCCUUCACACCAUCUUUGCCAGCCAAUGGUGUGUAUCAGUUACUCAGUGAUAAUACCAGUCUACCAAAGAUUCCUGUACACAUCAUCCAAUCAGAAGUAGCGCAUGAGUUGCUAGGCAACUUGGCUGGGAAAGAAGCACCAGAAAGUUGGCAAGGAGGGUUCAACUUGACUUACCAUGUGGGCAAGAAAAAAAAAUCAAAGAGCAUUGUAGAGCUUGAAAUACACAACAGUCAAGAAGUGACUCUGAUCAGUAAUGUGAUUGGUACAGUCAAAGGAAAACUAUACCCAGAUGAGAUUGUUCUUAUUGGAAGUCACAGAACAUCUUUCCCUGAUGAUAUCCAAGCAGCUGAGAGUUCUGUCUCUAUGGCAACUGAAUUAGCAUCUGUGAUUGGGCAGUUACUUCAAAAUGGCUGGCAGCCUGAGAGGACCAUAAUGCUAUGCUCCUGGGCUGCCCAUGAAUAUGGUUUCAGUGGAUCAGUAGAGUGGAUGGAAAAACAUAAGAAUGGACUGCUUCAAGAUGUUGUUGCUUAUGUUGAUAUAGAUGCUAAACCUAGUUUGAGAAACAACAUCCAUGUUGUAUCAUCACCUUUUCUAAGGAAUUUGGUCCGCAAGAGUGCUCAAAAGCUUGGUAUUCGAGUGAACUCACAGGAAGAAUUGUUGACCUUAGAUGGUGACCAUGCUCCUUUCGCUCAUCACCUUGGUAUUCCUUCACUCUCGAUGUCUGCAGUUUUACCCCUUGACAAGCAUACCGGUGGGCCUAGUGGCACAGUACCAAGCCUCUCUGUGGCAACACAGUUCCUAGCCCAGUUGACAAUGUUGCUGAGCAGUUAUGAUGUGUUGCCUCUCGAUCUGAACACAUUUGUUGAUGAGGUGGUGGGAUACUACAGGAUACUGGAGACACAAUAUGGAGACCGUCUUCAACAGCAAGGUGUUUCUCUGGAAUUUCUCAAAGAGAGCAUAAAUAAAAUGUCAGAAGUCAUAAGUUCACUAGAGCAGCCGACAAAACCAACAGAACUGCAGAUCAUGCAGGUUAACAGGAAAUUCAGAAAACUUCAAAGAAUAUUUAUUGACGAAAAUAAUAGCAACUUCAUCAGGAACAUGCUGCUUGGAAGGAAGUCUGACUAUUCCACAUUCCCAAGACUGGAAGAGCUUCUCGAUUCACCUGAUUUUCUAAUUAUGCAAAUAAAACAACACCUGGCAAAACUGUACCUAGCAUUUGAAUCAGCAACAGAAGUGUUGUCAUGGAAACCUUGAAUAAAAUACCUUUUGCCAUAUUUACAGUACUACAUAGUGUUUACAGGGUCUUCUCUGAAUUUAGGAACUUGUAUUCUGCAAUUUUAUCAUUAUUUUCUUUUACUGGACAUGGACCUUGUAUAGCCCACCAUCCCCUGAAGCAACUAUUGCAUGCCUUUAUGUAUAUGAAACGAAAAUGUUCAACCCUCUGAACCACAGAGGGCAGUUAUUGAAUCUAACCAGUUACGUAAAGAUUGCAGUGGUUCAGUCCACACAUAAUUCCACCAGUUUACCUGGGCAUUUAAAUACUCGCGCCAUAGAGUAGUAGCGCUUUACGGUAUAUACAUUUUCCUAUAUCCAACACAAGGCGUUCAUAUGGGUAAACCCAGAGGUAGAUUGUAUUUGGUCCUGACUAAGAACAUUGCCGGCCCAGGCAGACAUGAUAUGUUACUCUCAGAUGAAAAUCCAUUUGAUUAGCCUACAAAAACGUACCUGUGUACUCCACCGGCUGAUGAGCAUGCUGGCGGCAUGUCAGUGGCAACAGCAGCUUUAGCAGCUAUGCCAGAUACAUACCAGUAAACUAGUACAGUAUACUGUUUUCAAUUAUCAAUAAUGAAAUACUGUAGGAAUAUCCUACAUUGUAUAAAAGCUAAUUGGCUUGUUAAUUUAUGUAUUGUAUUUAUAGAAAUAAAUGGGCUUUCAUGGACACCAAAGAA